AUGGCCGAAGAAGACCCCAAUCUUUCCCUUCCAGCCCCGGACGGAGGAACCCUCGGUUUCCCCUCCCAUUUCUACCCCUUCGCAACCUCCCCAGAUAUCAUCCGCUCCCACGAAAAGGAUGCCUACAUGACAGCAGGGCUCGUUCACCAAGCCCAAACAAUCAUUCGCUCCCUAAAAGGUGCCCGAUUCGCCCAUUCCUACGCCGACGCCAUCAAACAUCUCACCGAACUCCUCUACUUCUCCCUCACCACCGCAAUCGGAAACCGCACCCUAGGCGAAGAAUACUGCGACCUCGUCCAGCUGGAAGAUGACUCUCUCCGCCUACCAGCGAUCACUCGGCGCGUCGGAUACAUCCUCAGCAGCAUCCUAGUCCCCUGGUGGCUGCAGAGGCUCCUACCCGCCCUGCGAAAGCGGGUACGGAACAAGCUAGAGCGGAGCAUCGCACGACAGCAACUCCGGGCAACACAGCAGCAAAUUUCCGGUCUGGCGUCGAAACCAAACACCCACAACCAAAAUAAUUAUAAUAAAGCGGUCUCCAAGCCGUUCUUCACAAAGCUACGCAUCCAGCAGUAUAUCCUGGACCAUCUGGAUUCGAUGACAUCGGUCUCGCCUAUCUAUGCGCUUAGUAUCGCGACUUUCUAUUUCACGGGCACAUAUUAUCAUCUAUCGAAACGGAUCUGGCGCUUGCGCUACGUUUUCACUAAGAAGAUCGACGAGAAUGAGGCGCGCAUCGGGUAUGAGGUUUUGGGCGUAUUGAUGGUUCUUCAGGCGGCUGUGCAGGGCUUCCUGCAUGUGCGUAAGAUUGGCGAGAGUAUGAACAAUGCGCAUGCUGAGGGCUCUGAGGCUGAGGCUGCGUCGCCUCAGGGUGGAGCUCUUAUUGCUUCCAUCCAGAAUCCCGCUUCUGUGCCUCUUUUGUCUGCGUCUUCUCCUCGAUAUGACCUUGACGAGGAUCCGGGUGCAGUUGCGUGGAUUCCGGAUGGCCAGCAGCGGAAAUGUACAUUGUGCUUGGAGGCGUUCAAGGACCCGAGUGUUACGACAUGUGGUCAUGUGUUUUGCUGGGUGUGUGUUAGGGAUUGGGUGCGUGAGAAGCCGGAGUGUCCGCUUUGUCGACAGGAGGUGCUCUUGUCAAAGGUCCUCCCUCUGCGAGGGUGA